AUGGUGGACCUAGAGAAGACCUGCAGUUUUACAUUGGAAUUGGAAACCAUGCACGCUGCCUGCCUGCAGAUCAGUCGCCUAUGGAGACAGUACCUGCUGCUGCUUGGCCUCUGGGGGUGCCCUGGAACAGCUUCUUGGCAUCACCCUAGUUGUCUCCCCUUGUCUGCAUCCACACCCCACCCUGUGUUGGGCUUCUGGGAAUUACCACGAAGGGGCAUAGGCUGUACCAGCCAGGAGCACUCUACCACAGGGCAGGAAGUGCACGUCAUAAGCCUACGUGGGGGAGUACCAGCAAAUACCCAGGUAACUCUGAUUCUGGGCUCAGAUCCCCUACACAGAGCCACUAUCUUUGUGCUGCGCUCCCAAGACCCUCUGCAUUGGAUGCUACCAUCUCCACCUGGAAAAAAUUGGACCUUCCAGGUUUCCCCUGGUUCCAGUGUUUCAGCCCUUGGGCCAGUGGCUUCUGCUGAGAUCAACUUCCCGGAGACACGAAGGAGCCUGCUCCAAUGGGCACGCAGGGAGCACGGAGGGGUCACUUCACUGGCUGAGUACCAUGGAGUCAACACUAUCUACAUCCACCUGGGCGCUGAUGGGACUGCACCAGCGACCUGCAAGCUGCGUGGGAAUUUCCUAAAGUCUGCACACUUUGCUUCUGAGCGCCAACUUCAACCUCUGAGAAUUUGCUUGAAUUCUGACCCACCUCAAGACCUUGAAGUUCACAUUGUCUUCUCCAAGGGAGUUGCUUCAAGGGGGCUGGCCCGUUUGACUGUGGAGCUUCAUGCCCUGAAAAGGUCCCCACAUCAAAAUUUAUUCUUGAUACUAAAAAGUGAAGGAAUUGUCCAAUGGAUGGUUCGUGCGCACCAUCUCACUGGCCAACUGCAUGUACUGGCUUCGCACAAAGUUGUAGUGAGCAGCAGAGAAACGGAUCCGUCCCUGACUGUGACCCAGCGGACCUCCUCUGGGCUGGCUCGUAUCAGAGAUCCUUUACAGUGGGUUGCAAGUCAGAAACUACCUGUGUUCACAUCCUACACUGAGGCUGAGCGUGUGAACAGAUUCCUUCUGAUUGUGGGGAUGAAUGGUGCCACAUCCGACCCUAAACUGUUUGGGCCCAUAUUUCUGCCUCCGACCAGAUCUGCUGAGACUCAACCACACUUCCCAGAGGCUGUAACGGUGAACUGGGCGAGGAGACAGCAGGAGUCUUUGGCAGAGGACAGCGCUUCACUCCUACUGCCCACAGCCAAAACCACUGCUGAAAGAGCAGGGCCUGUCCUGUGUGGUGGGGAACAGAAGCCCAGUCAUGAGAACAAGGAUAUCCAGAGUGUUUCCUGUGUCUCACCUUCCUCAACUCAGGCCUCUCUCCCAGAAGCUACUAAGGCCUUCCAGGAUCUCCCCUUUCACCUUGGCAAUGUCCUGCUCAGCCUUGAAGUCUACAACUCUGAGGCCUUUGCCAAACAGCCAGGACCUUGUGUGGUCUCAGCGAACAGCCGAGUCUUUGUGGAGGCUGCGUUGGCUGCAUACGACUUGUGCCUUGGCUUCACCAUCCGGCAGUGCUUCCUCUCUCCCUUCUCAGAUGCUUCGUCAUCCUCUCCGUAUGUGCUGAUCCAACAUGGUUGUGCGGCCGACGCUUGGGUCACUUUGUCAGGGUCUGAGCAAGCAGCCCAGGGCCACAACUUACCUCCAGGAUAUCAAGAACGCCAGCGGCUGAGUUUCGUGCUCCAGCCCCUCUUCAAUGACUCCAUUCAGUUCCUGCACUGCCACCUGACACUAUGCAGCAGAGAGCCUUGGGACCCCGCCAAGCCGAAGGGACCAAUCCCCAAGUGCCAGUCUGACGACGAGGCCUGCAAGCGGGGAGAAGAACUGGCCAGUGGACGCUUCCAGCGCACCAUCUCAAAGCCCAUCAUAGUGACUGUGGAGGUCCCACCCAGAGCUGCAGCUCCAGAUCUGAGACCAGAUCGUUUCCUGCUCACCCAGCGGGGAAAAGCACUGAAGGAUGUAAACCACUCGCUGAAGACACAGCCUGUCCCAACCACAGCUACCCCACAGCUGCAGCUCCCAGCGGUAGUUGGCAUCGCCUUCUCAGCCUUUAUCAUCGGCAUCUCCCUCACUGGUGGGCUCUGGUUCAUUCAUUCCAAGACAGGUGGGUGCGAAGCUGCCCACAGUGCCACAGUGUGA